AUGUUUAUCUUGCGGUUUACGUUGAGUUUUCCUGUGGUACUACUGCUAACACUGGUUUUAGUGCUUUUCCUCUACACUUCAACUGGAUUCAAGUACAUAUUCUACACUGAGAUUCCGACAGUACCAAUUGUCGAACCAUUUGAGUUGUUUCUCAUAUCCGCCUAUUACUACAGGACAUCGAAAAGCCUCGGCAACCAUUCGAUCGCAUUAUUGCUGACCGGUGAUUUCACAGCUGUGGAGGAAUUGAAAAAUGUGGAAAUUGUUGGAUGGAGCAGUGAAAACAACGUUAUUACUCCGGCACCGAUCCAAAGAAUUACUCCACACAAAGUGUGUAGAUGGAUUUCAAUGUUCGUGACGGCUCCACUUCUACCCAAUCCACAAGGACUAGCUCUUUCCGUAGGCAACAAGCUGGUAGAGAUUCCAUUUCGAGCAGCGGUAGCGAAACAUUAUGAUGUCGUCACUUGUAUCACACCGCUGUUUGGUAAUGAACAAUGGCAACAUGCCCUGCUUGCUGCUCAUGUAUACAGGCGAUUUGGAUCACACAUGCAUCUAUACGUAAGGAGUAUGGUAUCUCCGCUCUAUGAAUUGAUGAAAAUCUACGAAAAUGAGGGCUAUCUUAGCAUCCAACCAUGGAUUCGAAUCACUUUGCUCACCAUCUCUGAAUUGCAAUUUAAUCCGAACAUCAACGUAGAGUUUGGAAAUCAAGCUGCUGCGCAGACAGACUGCUUAUUGCAGUACAAGGAAUCCGCUUCCUAUAUCGCUUUCAUGGAUCUCGACGAUUUGCUUAUUCCAAGAGUGUCUAACACCUAUCUGGACGAGUUUACUCAUCUCUUUCAAUCAUUGCCAAAUGUCGCAUACAUUCAUUACUUGCGAGAAAACACAAAGCUAAGCGCAGCGAGGAGCGCUAGUGAGCUUUCGUUAAGUGAAAUGCUGUCGAGCAUUCAGUUCGAUGAAAUCAACGAGACCGGUAAGCUGGUUGUCGACGUACGGUACAUAAAUACCACGUGGAUUCACUAUCCCGUGUCCGUUGCUGGCGGCAUGGAAAGAUUCGAUGUUCCCGACUACAUAAAUGUCAUAACUAACCUUAAACAUAUGGAAUUGGCAAGUUCUUCAAUGACCUUAAAAAUGACUCAUAUUGUUACGAGUGAAAGCGAAAGCCGAUCGGAUGUGUACGAUUUGUUCAUGCCACACACAAUAGAGGAUGACGAUGAACGACCAUUACUCGAACAGAGGCAUAUCGAUGAGAUACAGAGCGACUUUGAAAGAAUGCGCAACACAGCAGAUCUGACGAACAUUUUGUCGAGGUUGCCAAAGAGCUUCGUCUAUUUGCCGGUGAUUGCUAAAUGCUUUGAAGACAUCUUCUACAAAUACCAUCACUCGGAACGAUUUAAGAACAUCAAAUGUCCUGGACCUGAUCGAUGUCAGUUCCCACGUGGUAUUAUGUGCUAUAACUCAGCCGGAUGGUUCCACUCAAUUUCUGACGGCUCGAAAUUCAAUUUGCAUUUCGCCACCGAUGCGAAUUUUGUCGAACAAGACGGAUGCCGACCAUAG